AUGACCGACGCGGCGUCAUCAACGACAUCAGCAGAAUCAACAACGAUGCAAGCAGCAAACGAGCUGAAGCCGGCUGUUGCCCUGGAGGCUAACACCAAAAUCAGCGAAAUCACGCUGCUGCCAUUUGCUUUCGCCAAACGCUUUGGCAUUGUCAUCACCGGCACCACACUGCCAGGCCACAAAGCUGACGUCGCCUGCAAAGCUCAACCUGCACUCACGACGCUGGCAGAAGUGCGCCGCACAGCGGGCAAAGAGCUGACCGUACGUAUGGUUGGUGCCGAAGAGUUCGAGCAGCUGUUGUCGGAUACCUAUUCCCGUGAUUCGUCAGAAGCGCGCCAGAUGGUGGAAGAUCUCGGCGACGAAAUGGAUCUGGCCAGUCUGGCUAAUUCGGUACCGGAAACCGAAGACCUGCUGGAACAGGAGGACGAUGCGCCGAUCAUCCGCCUGAUCAACGCACUUCUGGCGGAGGCUAUCCGGGAAGGGGCUUCCGACGUACAUAUCGAAACUUUCGAAAAAGAACUGUGUGUCCGUUUUCGGGUUGAUGGUGUGAUGCGUGAAGUUGUGAAACCCAAACGCGAGUUAGCGCCAUUGCUGGUGUCACGUAUCAAAGUGAUGGCGCGGCUGGAUAUUGCUGAAAAACGCAUUCCUCAAGACGGACGUAUUUCGCUGCGUAUCGGUGGCCGCGAGGUAGAUGUACGUGUCAGCACCAUGCCCGCCAGUUCAGGCGAGAGGGUGGUUUUACGUCUGCUUGAUAAACAAGCGGGCAGACUUCGACUCGAAAAUCUGGGGAUGGCUGCCGAACAGCUGAAGAUCCUUCAGUCGGUGGUGCACAAGCCGCACGGAAUUUUCCUCGUCACCGGCCCGACCGGUUCCGGUAAAACAACCACACUGUAUGCGUCGCUUGCCGAGCUGUCGGCUCAGACUAUUAACAUACUGACUGUGGAAGACCCCAUUGAAUAUAACCUGGCAGGCAUUGGUCAAACCCAGGUCAACACCAAAGCGGAUAUGACUUUUGCACGAGGCUUACGUGCCAUCCUGAGACAGGAUCCUGACGUUGUGAUGGUGGGUGAGAUCCGCGAUCUGGAGACUGCUGAAAUCGCCAUUCAGGCGAGCUUGACCGGUCAUCUGGUCAUGUCGACCUUACACACCAAUACCGCCAUCGGAGCGGUGACCCGGAUGAUGGACAUGGGCGUAGAGCCGUUCCUGUUAUCAUCCAGUCUGGUUGGCGUUCUGGCCCAGCGUCUGGUGCGCACUUUGUGUGAAGACUGCCGUGUCCAACGUGCUGCAACCACAGCUGAACUACAGUUUCUCGGCGAACCUCGCGCAGUUCUAUAUGAAUCGACAGGAUGUGAAGCCUGCAGCCAUUCAGGCUAUCGAGGUCGCACCGGUAUUUACGAACUGGUGGUUGUGGACGAUACCAUCCGCCAGUUGAUUCACGACCAGGUCAGCGAACAGGAAUUGACGGGGUACGCACGCCGCACCGCACCAGGCAUUCGUGAGGACGGCAAAGCAAAAGUGUUAGCUGGUAUCACCACGGUGCAGGAAGUACUGCGCGUCACGUUGGAAGACUGCAAACAGAACAAAGGUGUAAUGGAGGCCGACAGCGCCCGCCAGUUGCGCCAGAUGUUACGCGACAAAGGUCUGAUGCCCCUUGAGGUUGCCCCGGCAACAGAACGACAUAAACGCCAGACCAACAGCAUGGGGUGGAAUUUUUCCCGCCGCAUGUCAGCGCUUGAUCGCGUUUUAUUCACGCGCCAGCUGGCCACCUUGAUUGCUUCAAGCCUGCCGAUAGAAGAGGCACUCAGCGCGGUUGCUCAGCAGACAGAAAAACAGCACGUCAGCGCCCUGAUUCUGGGUAUUCGCAGCAAAGUUUUAGAAGGCCACUCUCUGGCCAGCAGCCUGCGCGAAUAUACCAACAGUUUUUCUCAGCUGUAUUGCUCAUCUGUUGCGGCUGGCGAACAGUCCGGCUACCUGGACCGGGUACUGGAAAACCUUGCGGACUAUCUGGAACGCCAAUUCGAGUCGACCCGCAACGUUGAAAUGGCUCUGUUUUACCCCGUAGCACUUCUGUUUCUGGCUUUUGCAAUUGUUGGCGCGCUGAUGGUGUAUGUGAUUCCGGACAUGAUCAGUGUGAUCGAAGACACCGGCCAGAGCCUGCCCUGGUUCACCGUGCUGCUGAUAGCCAUGACCGACACCCUGCGCGACUACUGGUGGGCUCUAUUAGGUGGUGUAGCCAUUAUUGUCCUGGUAAUCCGCUGGGCGUUAUCACAACCCAGCAUCCGCAUAAGCUGGGACCAUAAGAAAUUUUCCCUGCCGCUGCUCGGGCGCAUUGCCCGCAGCGCCAACGCAGCGCGUUACGCAAACACGUUAUCCAUCCUGACCAGUGCCGGUGUGCCGUUGGUAGAAGCCAUGAACAUUGCCAGUGAAGUGGUGUCCAACACCUGGCUGCGCCGCCGUCUUGCAGAGGCCACACAGACUGUCAGCGAGGGCAUGAGCUUGAGGGUUGCCCUCGAACAGGUGGGACAAUUCCCGCCAAUGCUGCUGCAUAUGGUGGGCAGCGGUGAACAGAGUGGCGAGCUGGAUGCAAUGUUAGGGCGCGUGGCCACUUAUCAACAAGCUGAGGUCGAGCGAAUUGUGUCCACUGUGGUGAAAUUGUUUGAGCCCCUGAUGUUACUCAUCAUGGGUAAAACCCGAGGUUUUACGCUGAUUGAGAUCCUUGUGGUCGUUGUCAUUCUGGGGAUUCUGGGCGCGGUUGUUGUGCCGCAAAUUCUCGGCAGACCUGACGUGGCCAGAGUACAGGCUGCACAAACCGAUAUUCGCUCACUGUCUAACGCGCUGGACGUCUACCGGCUCGACAAUUUCCAGUACCCCUCAUCCGAGCAGGGCCUGGAAGCCCUGGUUGAAAAACCCAGCGGAUUUCCUGAGCCGAAAAACUACAACCCGGAAGGCUACGUCAAGAAACUGCCGACUGAUCCAUGGGGUUCACCGUAUAUCUACGAACGCGGUGACAAUGGCUUUGCGUUAUACAGCCUCGGCGCUGACGGUCAGGCGCUGCGAGGAUAUAGCGAGCGGCUGGCAUUGCGCAUUGAGUUUGCCCGCGACAAAGCGUUGCAGAGCAAUCGGGAAUGGGGUGUUUUCAUAGACGAGGAGGGCGUCCGCUUUGCGGAGUUUGACGAAAUCAACGCCAUCUGGAACCCUCGCAGUGAAAAACCAUUCAACGCAGACCCCUACGAUCGUAACGUGGAAUUUGAUGUCUCGGUUGAAGAUCUGCCCGGCACCCUGCAGGCACCGGAAGACCCGGACGAAGACAUCCCGCAAAUUGUUUUAUUUUCCAGUGGAGAAACCACCCCUUUUGAAAUCACUAUUUUGCCUAUCGAAUGGCGACGAAACAUGAAAGCCAACGCUGGUUUCACCCUGCUUGAAAUGUUGCUUGCCGUGGUGGUCAUCGCAGUGGUGGGUAUCACCAUAUCAACGGCCAUCGGUGGUGUUGCCAAUCAGACAUUUUCACUGGAACGCCGCACCGUCGCGCAUUGGGUCGGUCAGAACCAGCUGCACCGGUUGCGUAUCAGCCUGCGCAAUGAAGCCCAGGUGCUACCUGAGGGGCGCGACAGCACACGUGUGUUCAUGGGUGGCAGGGACUGGGAAGUGCGCACAGCCAUCACGGCUACCGAUUCACCGGUCAUGCGUCGCGUUGAAGUCGACGUUUAUGAAUUUCUUGAAGGCGAGCGUCUUGGUCCAUUUGACCACAGCGUCGCCUUUGUCGGCCGCACCCGGCUGAAUGACAUCCACCGCGCCAUGCAGAUCAUGCAAAGGGAUAUCAUGCAGCUGGUUGACCGUCCUAUACGUGAUCAGUACGGCGACCCACAACGCCCGCUGCUGAUCGGCACAGACGGCGUUAUUGAAUUCUCUCGCGGGGGCUGGCGCAAUCCACUGCAGCUACCUCGCGCUGAAGUCCAACGGGUCGGCUAUCUCAUGCAGGACAAUAAGCUGCUGCGGGGCUACUGGCCGGUACUUGAUCGCGCCCAGGAUACUGAGCCCGCGUACCAGACGCUGUUAACUGACAUAGAACAGCUGGAGUUUUUUGCCCUGGAUGCCAGCGGCAAUGAAUAUACGUUCUGGCCGGUUCCUGGCGCCAAUCCAAGUGAUCCAAACACCGCCUUAUCCGGCAUCCUGAUGCGCAUAGAAAUCCCACCAUUCGGUGUCAUUGAGCGCGUCUGGGAGGCGCUGCAAUACGCCCUGGGGGCUGAGACCCUGGCGCGCCAGGCGCUGUUUCAGGAUUUCAAUACAACCGGCAAAGACAUCGACCACAACGGCGAGAUAUGGGCCCAGCAGACCAUGCCCUUUGAACUGGACGAAGGCGGUUAUCUGGAAGCCCAGCUGAUCGACAGGCAGGGGUGUUUCAACCUCAACAGGCUGGCCGGAUCUGAGGCUGACGUCGCCGCCGAGCAACUCAAACGAAUGGCCCAGAAUCUGGGCAUCAAUCCGCAAAUCGCGGACGCCUGGAAAGACUGGAUAGAUACAGAUCUCGAAAUCAGCGGUUUUGGCGCUGAGGACUCUGAUUAUCUCAUCAGCCAACCCCCAUAUCGCACCCCGAAUCAACCCGUUGUAGAUGUCUCAGAACUGUAUCUGCUGCAGAAUGUCGAUCGUGAACAGCUGGCGCUGCUGCUGCCACACGUAUGCCUCCUGCCGGAAACGGAGUCAUCGUUGAAUAUCAACACCGUUAACGCUCAGAGCCUUGCAGCGCUGGAUGAGAGCUUUACCCUGAGUCAGAUUGAACCCAUUGUGGAGGCGGACCGCGCAUACCAGAACGUGGCCGAAUUUAUACAGGCGUUUGCGGAUUUUGCGCCGGCUGAGGCCCGUCUCAAGGUCACCAGCGAAUAUUUUCUGUUACAUGCUCAGGCGCAGGCAGAGCCACUAUCCACUGAUGGUGACAUCGAUACUGAUUCGACUAUGGUCGAAGGUUACGACCUGGGCGUCGAAUGGCUCAUCAAAGAAAAUGAUGGUUCAGUGCGUGGUACCGGCGUUACGGACUACCGUGGCCUGGCCGACAUUGCCGACCCCAAUAUCGACUGGCUUAAAGAUCCAGAGAACACCGUAGUGUUACUGCCGAGCCAGUUUGUGCUGAUGGUGACCUGUGACGUACCUGGCCGCAGCACCGCACAAAUUCGCCGUGCGCUGCCCUUUGCGGUGGAAGAGUUUGUGGCCACUGACAUCGAACUCAUGCACAUCGCGCAUGCCGGCAUCAAAGCCGGCCAGCCAGUACGCUGUAACAUCGUUGCACAUGAAACCAUGGUGAAUUGGCUGGCCUGUUUUAAAUCUCUCGGCGUUAACCCCGGGUAUUUUGUGGCUGACAGCCAGAUGCUGCCCAGCGACAGCAAUAGCGCAAGUGUGCUUUUUGAAGGUACAACGGCCCUGGUCGCUGCCCAGGACCAGGCUGCUAUCGUAGAUAUCGAUAAUCUGGUUUUCGCCCUGAACAGCCUGGAUGUCAAUGAAAUCGCUGUGAUAAACGGCGAACUGAAUCCGGUUGAUGCCGGCUUGUUAGAGAGCAACCCGAAUAUCGUCAACGUUGACAUGUCACCACACGGUGUUCUCGACUACCUCGCUGACCAGUUCGGAAGCAGGAGUUUCAUCAACUUGUUGCAGGGACAAUACACACCAGUACGUCCUAAAAGUGCCCAUGCUGGAAAAUGGCAGGGUGUUGGCGCGCUUGCAGCAGUCUGGUUGCUGGUGGCUUUUGUUGGCAUGGUUGCGCAAGGAUUCUGGGCGUCAGCACAAGCUGACCGUCUACAGGAAGAAAGCUUUGCGAUCUACAAACAAGCUUUCCCCAGAGAAUCCCAACCUAACACUGUUGAUCAACUGCGCAGACGGAUGCGCGCAAAACUGGGGCAGAGUGGCGCCGCCGAGGAAAACAACGCCUUUGUGGGUUUAACCGCCCAAUUUGCCAACGUUAUGACCAGCAGCGGCAGAGUUGACUCACUGAGUUACACCCAACAGCGUGAAGAACUGACCGUUGAGGUACUGCUGGACAGCUUUGAUGAUCUUGAAUCGUUGAAGGGUAAACUUGCCCAGGCGGGCAUUGCGUUAGAGGUGGUCAGCUCCGAAUCUGAGGAUGCCGGCGUACGAAUCAUGAGCGUUAUGACAUCUAUGACUAACGGCUUUCGCAAUUCAGCAAUCGGCCGCUGGUUUUAUGGCCGCGAGCAGAAUGAACAGACCAUUAUUGCCGCGAUAGCAGCGCUGGUCGUAAUUGCCAUUUUGUGGGCGGUUGUCUGGAAACCUGUUGCAGACUGGCGUUAUGUCGAGACCAACCGCCAGCAGAAUGCACAGCAACUGGUUGACUGGCUACGUGUCAAUGAACAGGCCGCCAAACAGGCGGCAAGCAGCAGUAGCAACAACAGGGGCUCACGCGCGCUGAUUCCGGUUAUUACAAAAGCGGCGGACGCACACAACAUCAAGGUUAAUCGGCUACAGCCGGAGUCCAAUGGCGUCAUCAGCGUUGUUCUGCAGCAGCAGUCGUUUAACCAGAUUGUGCAAUGGAUAGCGCAACUUAAUGAAAACAAUGGUGUUUCUGUUGAUCGAGCCAGCUUCGAUUCGCAAGAUGCGCCAGGCUACGUUAACGGAAGGGACACUUCAAUGCUAGACGCCGAUAAAGUAUUUGCCGCAGUACACACGCAGGUGACAGGUGAGUUGAUGCAGUUAAUGAACGGCUUCUAUCACAACAUAGAAGACGGUCUUUUCGAGCUUGCUUAUACCAACCAGGAUCAGAUGCAACAGCGUCACCUGGUGGAACUGAUGCGUGAGCUACGCUUCCGGCGCAAGCAGUUGCUGCGCACAUUCGGCAAGCGCGUGCACAAUUCCAGUCCCGCCUGGCUGGGUCCAUAUGAAGCAGGCCCGGAACUUAUUGAAGAACGCAUGAUUGCCAAUGAGAUGGCGGCAAAAUGCGGCGCUCACUUUGGCCCCGUGCUCCAGACCAUCGCUGAGCGUACGUCGCAUGCCACUGCGCGGGAUGUGCAUCGCAAAGAUCUGCCCAUCAGCCCGGAAGCGGUGAGCUAUCACUUUGUGAUGUCCUGCCGCAGCGUUAAAUUUGACAAAUAUUCUGUAGCUACUGUUCAAGGGUUGUUUCAGCGCUUUGUGUUAGAUCGUCUCGGCGCGCUGUACGGAAGAGUCAACUACGAACUGGAAGAGGGUGGUUAUCGCACUGCGGCUGAAGUUGGUGACAGAGCGAUGCUCUCAAGCGCGUAG